CAGGGGCCCCGAGCAGGAAGCUUCUUCCCGUCAUCCUCAGCCAGGCUUAGCUGCUGACAGCUGCUUGGGCCUCUGCCGCCAGGCCCCGGCCCAGCCCGCCAGCUCUCCGGUCUCAGUGACUCCCAAGCCACAACCCCUCCAAUGGCCCAGAAAGAAGAGGCCGCUGCGGCCGCCGCGCCUGCCUCCCAGAAUGGGGAGGGGGGCGAGGAUCUGGACAACCUGGACGACCCUGAGAAGUUGAAAGAGCUGAUCGAGCUGCCACCCUUUGAGAUUGUCACAGGGGAGCGGCUGCCUGUCAACUUCUUUAAGUUCCAGUUCCGGAACGUGGAGUACAGUUCCGGGCGGAACAAGACCUUCCUCUGCUACGUGGUCGAGGUGCAGGGCAAGGGAGGCCAAGUUCAAGCAACCCGGGGCUACCUGGAGGAUGAGCACGCGGCCGCCCACGCCGAGGAAGCCUUCUUCAACACCAUCCUGCCGGCCUUCGACCCGGCCCUGCGGUACAACGUCACCUGGUACGUGUCGUCCAGCCCCUGUGCGGCCUGCGCCGACCGCAUCAUCAGAACCCUGGGCAAGACCAAGAACCUGCGCCUGCUCAUUCUGGUGGGGCGGCUCUUCAUGUGGGAAGAGCCCGAGAUCCAGGCUGCGCUGAAGAAGCUGAGGGAGGCUGGCUGCAGGCUGCGCAUCAUGAAGCCGCAGGACUUCGAGUACGUCUGGCAGAACUUUGUGGAGCAGGAAGAGGGAGAAGCCAAGGCCUUUGAGCCCUGGGAGGACAUUCAGGAGAACUUCCUCUACUACGAGGAGAAGCUCGCCGACAUCCUCAAGUAGGCGGCAGGGCUCGGCCUCACGUCUGCCUGCUGCCACAGCAGUGACACAUAUGGCCGUCCCGAACAUGUCUGUCUUGGAGCUGGACACACGAUGCCAACCGAUUCUACUGGACAAGGCCCUCAGAAGACUCAAAAUAUACUUCUCACAGUGUAAUUCACUUAGGCUGUGCCUCUCUCUUUAAAGCUGCUGUUAGGAAAGAGGAAGGUAGGAGAGAGACAGCCAGUUGCGGGCACCAGGUGUCUGUGGGGCUGAAGGCCUAAGGAUGCCCCAAAAGGGGCACUUGAGGCAGCCAGCCUCAGUCUUGACACGUCCAGUAAUUCAUUUUAUGUUAAGCUGGGUUGUUCUGUUUUUUUAAGAAAGAAAAUCAGCAGUAUUAAUAAAAGAAACGGUGUGGUUUUC